AUGGGCUCGACCAAGACUCCCCUCGAAAGCGUCAAAUCCUGUUGGGCGCGGAUCUCCCAGAACUCCCCCGUGUAUAAGUUCUUCUUUUCCGACAUUGUCCUAGUCAGUGCCACGGAUGGAUCCAUGGUCGCUACUCUUCCAGUCACUUCACACCAUCUCAACUCCAAAGGCGGGCUUCAUGGCUCGGUGUCGGCGACCAUCAUUGAUUGGGCCGGCGGCAUGGCCAUUGCAAGUACUGGGUUGGAGAAGACGGGAUUGAGUACAGACAUUCAUGUUUCCUAUGUCUCGACUGCGAAACUAGGCGAUGUUCUGACGAUCGAGGGCAAUGUGAGCAAAGUCGGCAGAAAUAUGGGCUUCACAACCGUGACGAUAUCCAAAGGAAACGGGGAAGACAAGACGAUCGUUGCGCAUGGCACGCAUACGAAGUAUAUUCUGCGCGAUCAACAGCAGAGCAAGAGCUCUUAA